UUUGCAGAAUCGCUUGGAAGCAACAAAACUGACAUGAAUGAGAACGAAGAAUACCAACAGCUAUUGGAGACGAAACGGCUCCAAGAUCUUGACCUUCAGCAUCACAGAGCCGAAAUCAGACGCAAUACAGAUGUAAUACAGUCCAUGGAAGAACGCGUCGCCAGACAGGAAGAGAUGCUCACGUUUUUAGUAGAUGCGUCCAAGAAAUACGAUGAGGAACUUGAAGAAAAGCGUGAUGAGAAUAAAAAAGCGACAAAAGAAUACGAGGAGUUGGAAAAAGUGGCCGCUAACUUGAAGGAAAUUAUGAACCCCGGUGCAUUCAUGACUGAGCAUGGGAGUCUUGCAACUUGCAGCUCAGCUACUGAGGUCAAAAAUAUUUCUCAAACCACACCUCAAACGGUAAAUAAGAAGACUGUUACCAGAGGACACAAAAAUAAUCGUACCGGAAAGGAAACAAUUGGAACAAAGCAAACAAAUUCUGUUGAAACAUCAUAG